AACUGAUUGGGUGUAGUGAAACUGCGGUCGGGGUAACGCCGGAGCAAAGAGGCGGUGGUCGGAGGUGACGCAGCGAUCAAAUAUGCUCUUCUUCCCACAUCGCAGUCAUCAAUUCCAUAGAUCUACAAAUCCAUGUUGCUCCUAACCCCGACUCUCCCCGCCAAAACCUCGGAUGCAACAUAUUCUUCUUUGCCCAAGUUGUCUUCAACAAAAAGAUCCAAAAUCGAUCUACGGGGUUGGGGGGUACUGAGGGGAUGGGAGUAAGAGCCGAAGAGGUCACCCACUGUGUUGUGGGAGCGAGUCGGCAGUGACGGAAGGGAGAGUCGUCUAGACUUGGGGAGAUGUUGAGGUUGGGGGUAUAAUAGGAAAGUUAAGGCAUUUUUUAUCACACAUUAAUAUGCGUGCCGGGUCAAACCGGGAAGUUCUUUAAUGGACGGAGGGAGUAAGUCUUAUGGUUCUUGUCUUUUCCUAAUAUUCAUUAGGGUUGAAAAUAUCAUUUUAUUAAAAAGUGAUCCAAAACUUUUUCAUAGAAAACAAUUCAAAAUUAUACUCUUCUUGUCGUACAAAAGUUUUAUUUAUUACUUUACCUCAAAAUUAUACGGAGUAUUCUCUUUUUCUAUUAGAGCAUGACCGGAGGGAGUAUUAGAUUAGGUCUGGGCGUCUAGUACCCUAGUUGAACGGCGUCGUUUGUGGGGCUACUGUUCCGCGCGUGCAUUCCCGUAGUUUUUUUUACAUAUAGUAACAGAAAAAUCUCUUCCGAAUUCCAAAUCAGAUCUGAUUGGGUGGCCGAAAGAGCGACGACAACAUGGAUGAAGAGGAGCACGAGGUCUACGGAGGAGAAAUCCCCGUCGAAGGCGAAGAAAUCGAGCAUCACGGCGCCGACGUCGAUAUGGCGGCCGCCGACGAUGACGCCGUCAAGCUCCAGGAAUUGGAUGAGAUGAAGAAGCGGCUGAAGGAGAUGGAGGACGAGGCUGCUGCUCUUCGUGAGAUGCAAGCCAAAGUUGAGAAGGAGAUGGGCGCUGCUCAAGAUCCGGCAAGUGCUGCUUCUCAGGCAAACAAGGAAGAACUUGAUUCACGGUCAAUCUUUGUCGGCAAUGUUGAUUAUGCGUGCACACCGGAGGAAGUUCAGCAGCACUUCCAGACAUGCGGUACCGUGAAUCGAGUUACUAUUCUGACGGAUAAGUUUGGUCAGCCUAAAGGCUUUGCAUAUGUGGAGUUUCUUGAGCAAGAAGCCGUUCAGGAGGCACUUCAGUUGAAUGAAUCUGAGCUGCAUGCACGUCAGUUGAAGGUCAUGCCCAAGAGAACCAAUGUUCCCGGAAUGAAACAAUUUCGAGGAAGACGAUUCAAUCCUUAUAUGGGGGGAUACAGGUUUAGGAGGCCUUAUGUACCUGCUCCAUACUUCUACCCCCCUUAUGGAUAUGGGAAGGUGCCUAGGUUCAGGAGACCAUCCCCAUACACUCCAUACUAAAGAAGCAAGACAUAAAAGAACAUAUGUUUAACCAUUUGGCUUUCAUUAUUAAGCCUUCUGUUCUUUGUGCCAUUUAAUAAUGUUAACCCACGCCUAUCCAUUACAAUUUCAUCCUUUUCCCUCUGGUGAACUUUAU